CGCCGCUGUUUGGAUUUAAACGUUGCAGCGGGAGGGGGCGGGUUCUGCGGGCGGCGGCGGGGGCAGAGCGCGGAGCGGCGGCGGCGGAUCGCGUCCCGGCCAUGGUGGUGCCGGCGCGGCGCGUCAAGACGGAGUACAUGAAGCGCUUCAAGGAGCCCAAGUGGGAGUCGUGCGGCGCCUGCUACCUGGAGCUGCUGCGCUACCGCCUCAGCCGUCGCCUGCUGGAGCAGGCGCACCGGCCCUGGCUCUGGGACGGCUGGGAGAAGGACAGCGGCGGCGGCAGCAGCGCCGCCGGCUCCCCCUCGCCGCCGGUCGCCGCCAGCCCCGCGGCCGCGCAGGAGGAGGAAGAGGCGGCGGCGGCGCCGAGCGAGCCGGCCGGUAGCCGCGCCGCCGAGGCGGGAAGGACGAGUCCGGCGGGGCCCCCGCGCCGGAGCCCCGAAAAGGAGAGAGAAGAUCAAGAAAAGCAGCAGAGGGAAGAACAAGAAAAAACCGUAGAACACACUUCUGUAAAGGAAACAGACAAAACCAGCCGUACAGGACGACGUCCGAGUCGAAGUGCCUUGUCCAGUCGCAAUGAUCGAAGGUCAGCCAAAAGUCCUCAGAAGACAGAUGCACCAAAGGAGAAUAAACAUCCCUUUGCUCUGUAUGGGUGGGGAGAAAGACAGACAGAUACUGGAAGCCAGAAAACUCACAAUGUCUGUGCUUCUGCUUCAGUGAAUGAAAUUCAUGAAUCUGCCCUACGAGCAAAGAACAGGAGACAAGUGGAGAAAAGGAAACUUUCUCAGAGGCGAGUACAAUCUGCAGAAGCAGAGAAAGCUUGGCGAAUAAAGCCUUCCCCACCAGAUAAUCCCUGGAUGACAGAGUACAUGAGAUGCUACUCAGCAAGAGCUCGGUGAAUUAUGAUUUCCUUGGGCAUCUUCAAAAAGUUAAGCAUAUCAGGACACUGGUGCAAGGAACCAAACUACUUAUGCAAGGUUUUUACAGGGAGUUUCCAGCUGUUUGUUACAAUAUUUGUAUCUUGGCUACCUACCUCAGUGGGGGUGUAUAGUUGGAGCCAUAAUAUUUGAAGAAACUUUUGAAUAUAGCUACCCAGAUUUUUAAAUAGUUCCCCUUUUGGGACUCUUAAGUUUCAGGGCCUCUUCUGAAGGUGGGAAGAGAGCCUUGGAGUACUGGCAGCCUAAGCAAACACUCUUGAUCUUGGUUACAAAUAAUCUGACCCUUAAUUUAAAAGUUCUUAAGUCCUCCAAAUGAUCAGGAGGUGGUGUUGGGGGAAGACUUUAAAGGUGUGAUGAAGGAGCAUUUUGCAUUUAUAGUACUGUUUGAUUCAACAGUCCUGAAACAAGUAGAGCAAGACAGGUAACAGCAAAGACGGUGGGUCUGGUAAAUAGCACUAAUAAAUGUGGAUGCUUUAUGUAGAUAACUCUCAAGUAUGGUCUGUAUAUAGAAACUUUCAAAAAAAACCCCAAACUUGAUUAAUGAAUCUGCUGAUACUUUCCUAACUUUUUUAUUGCUGUUUCUAAGGUAAUUGGAAUAAAUUCCUUGCCAGUCUUGGGACCACUUAUUUUCAGAGCAAAGAACAGUUGCAGGAUUACUCUGAGUUGCUGUGACUGUUACACCAAAUGACUGAUGUAGACAAUCAUUAUUUGAUAGCUGCUGCUCAAUAAGCUGUUGCCUGUUGUACCAGUAUCAACUUGGCAUCACUGUAUUAAGCCUGUGGUCACACUUAUUUUGUGCUUAAUCAUUUCAAUACCAGUUUAUCAAUGGAGAGGGUUGGUUUCUGUGUAGUGAAGUCUAUUUUUAAACUUAUGAACAUCUUUCUAUGCUCAGUGGGCUCAGAGUGCAAUAUGCAUUCCAUUUGGUGGUAUUGUAUAAUGAGUAUACUGCUAGAGGUUUUAAACUUGAAAAUCAUUUUGAUAAACCUUGUAGAUGAAGUUGUGAGAAGCUUUCUGCCUCUCAAAAUUGGUGCAGAACUCCUCACUGAGGAGAUGGGGAUCAGGGGAGGACAGAAAGGUAUCCUUUAGUAAUCCACAGUAUAUAAUGAAGUGUGAACACUUUCUUUAUUUUUACAUAGUAAAAAAUCUGUCAGUUUCUCAGUGUGUUUUUUCCCUUCUAGCUGCUGUAAAUGAACUUUUUCAGUUUGGUAGCUGAGCAUUAGCCAGAUCACUGCUGUAGUUGUGAGCUUCAAAGCUUUGAAAUGUGCUAUGUUACCUUAGUUUUGAAACUCAUUUUAACACAGACUAAACUCCAAACUUUUCACAAGCACCAUUGCACUUCUGCAGUGCAGAAGCCUGGACCAGUCUUAGCUUCAUUGCACAAACCAGUACUUCAGAAAAUAUGACUAUAUUCCAUCAUUUAGCUAAAUCAGAUUAGAAUUUUGUAAGACUUUAGAUCAGUGCCCAAAACUGAGGUUAACUAUUCAGCUGGAUGCCUUUAUUCCAUCUGAGAUGUUUUUAUUAUCCAGUAUGCUGUUUUUCCUCUUUAACUGCUAUAAAUACGCUCAAGUUGCUUCUGACACUUUUAGUUCAGAAAUCCAACCUAGCUUUGAACAGUAGUAGCAGAAAUCUAACAAGCAGUAUUUAAUAGCCCCACUGAAUAAAAAAACUGCUUGCUAUGUUGCCCAGAUCACCAUAUACACUUCUGGCUUUGUAGACUUUUAAAGUAUGUAACCAUAGCAACUGGACUGUGCCCUCAAUCCAUUUGCCUACAUUAAAUAACCUUCUUGAUUGUGUGGGGCAGGACUUAUCUUGCCAUGCUUUCAAAAAUGCUUCUAGAGUUCUCUUCCCAAUGAGAAUGGAGGAGCCUAGAAGACCAUGUGCCUACCUACCUUAAGUACCUAUUUUAGGAUAAGAGCUCCCAUUAGAUGUCAGCCUCUUCAAUAAUUACAGGAGGUCUGAAUGUCUUCUGCCUUGGAUACAGGGUACCAAACUUGAGCCAUCUCAGAUAGGAGUGUUCAGGUGUUCUGCAGAGCAUGAGCACCUCCACUGCAUCAGGGCUGCUAGGUACUGAGGAGUGUUCUAGGAGUUCUUAUCCUUAAUUUGUCUGGUCAAAAGCUGUCCCUCCACCAAAAAACCUGCUAGAAGGCAGCAGUGAUGCUAAUCAGGCCAUGUGAGUCACUGUCAUGCUUUUAAAUAGUCCGUAGCUAAAAAAUAAUUGUGGGUGCUGUAGUACUUAAAUCAAGAGAAUACCAACAUAAAGCUUGAAGUGAGGAGCAAACUAUUCUGCAGAUCAGGUAGCUUUCCUGUAUUUCCCAAAUUCCCAAAUUAUUUGACUCUUAAACCUGCUAGCCUUAGGUUUGCUUUGAAUAUGUGAUAUAAUUUAGUCCUGAUCACUGUAAGUUGUGUAUUCAAGAUAUUUGGCAUGUGACAGACUGAAGUCUGGAAAACAGCUAUUAGUGUUUUGAUCCAAAUUCUGACAAAAAGCCAACUGAUUUGGAAAGCAAAACAUUUCAAGUAUUAAAGCUUUAACUAAUUCUUUAGACUCUUACAGAGAAGGCUGUCUUUCAUCAAAUUGCUCAUUCAAAAAUGGAAAAGCUAGUGAAGAUUUACCCAGUUAAGGAAGUUCUGAACUGUCUUGCAUGGCUCUUGAAUUCAGCCAUGUGGUAAAUGCUUCUCACUCCUGUUUUAAAAACAAGACUUUGAUAUAUAGAAGAACAAACAUUUACAGUUGUCCAAAGUCUUCAUUUAAAACAAUUAUUGUCUGUUCAUUUCAGUUUCUGAAAGCACUUAGCUUAGUGAAACUUAAGAUUUUUGCUGUGUAAUGCUGCAAUUUAACUGUUGUGUUGUGAAGCCUAAUGUUUACAAUGUAAAAUGUUGCAAUGAAAACUGCAUAAGGGUGUCCCUGUAAAAUAGAAUAGCAUGCUUGUGCAGUCACAUCUUCACAGCUAUAAACUACAGAUUGUUACUAGAAGCUAAGAUAGUCAAAGUGAUACUUUAACUUUAGAGACAAACUUAAAUCUGUGAGGGACAGUCCUGAAUUUUUGGUAAAGAACUUUAUACAGGUAGCAGAUGCACAUUUUAAUCAAAUUUCUAGCUUGUAGGGAAAUACAUCCGCCCCCCCCUUUAUGGUGUAACGCACUGGCUCUGAAUUAAAGGCCUCAGAUUUUUUUACCAAGAUAGGGACCAAAAGCUAGCAAUCUGGGGGCCUACAUGCAGUAACCUGUGUUCCAGUUCAGUUUGCAGCUCAGUGCACACAGCAGCAAAGCCAUACAUGGAGCCUGACUCAAGACCUUGCUGGAAGCCCCUAUAAGAUUAGGGGUAGAAGGGAGGAAGAAGCUGCCUCAGCUAUUGUUAGUACUGAAUUCACUUUAAAAACUAUAGGGAAAUACCAUCUAAGCUUGAAGCAAUAUGUAAUUUUUAAGAGUUUUUAAUAGUAUUUGUUUUUUAAAGCUUCUGUAUUCUAUGUAAUAGCAUAGUGUCAACUUGUAUAUGUAAAUAAAAUAAGUGACACAAAGUGCCUUGA